UAUUUCAUGCAUUGUACUUUAAUUUGUCAUCCCACAGGUAGUGCAAAUAUGAGACACAAAUUAAUUUGAAAUCGGCUAUCUAGCGCAUCUAUAUAUACUCAUAAUAUAUUAUUGAAGGUGUGAUUAAAAUAUAAAACUGAAUUAUCUAUAAAAAAAAAUGGAUCGGGGAGUGUACUACGGGGUGAGCAACACACUGAUCGGCGUGCUGAACCUCAUCACCCUGGUUGCGUCGGUGCCGAUCAUCGGCGCCGGGCUGUGGAUGGCGAGGAGCGGCAGCGCCACCUGCGAGAAGCUGCUGCAGACGCCGCUGCUGGCGAUCGGCUUCGUCAUCAUGACGGUGUCCCUGGCGGGUUUCGUGGGCUCCUGCUUCCGCCUCACGUGGGCCCUCUGGCUCUACCUCUUCGUCAUGCUCUUCCUCAUCGCCGCCCUCAUGGGCGUCACCAUCUUCGGGUUCGCCGUCACCAGCCGCGGCGGCGGCGUGGCGGUCCCCGGGAAGGUGUACCAGGAGUACCGGCUCCCCAACUACUCCGGGUGGCUCCGGAAGCAGUUCGUGACCGGGGCGCGUGACUGGGCCCCGGUCAGGAGCUGUGUCGUGGGGUCCAACACGUGCGCCGCCGUGCUGAACUGGACCCCGGCCGACUACCAGGCCAACGACAUGUCCCCGCUCCAGUCGGGGUGCUGCAAGCCGCCGACGUCGUGCGACUACGCGGCGGCGAUGGAGACGCAGGAGGAGGACUGCAAGCGGUGGAACAGCAACGACGCGGCGGUGCUGUGCUACGACUGCGACUCGUGCAAGGCGGCGGUGCUGGAGGACAUGAGGAGGGAGUGGCAGAAGAUCUCCAUGGUCAACAUUGCCAUGGUCGUCGUCCUCAUCGUCGUCUACACCGUCGGGUGUUGUGCUUUCGAGAACGCCAAGAUCGCCGAGUCCGUCCACCGUUAUAACGGCGGCGGCGGCGGCCCUAUCCCCGGGUAUUUCAAAUCUCGCCCCCCUCGAUGGGCUGAUUUCCAUGGGUGGAAAAGGAUGCGUGAUUGGAUACGUUGAAUUAAUGAAUAAAACACAGUUAUUAAUUGUUUUUCAGUUUUGCUAUUUUGUCACCAAAACAACAUCAUCUUCAUCUAUAGUCUUAAAAUUAAUUAUAUGCUCGCUACAAUUUGGAUUGGAUAAUGGAGUUUCUUUCAUUAAUUUUUCCAUCCCUUUUCUAAUGUUUGUACUGUUAAUUUUAUUAUGACAAACGAAGCUACACUUCUCAUGUGACAUUAGUAACAUUACACAAGUAGUUUCUCGUUUGGACAAAUAUUUUUGGAAAGGGCGUGGGUGAUGUUUAUCUAGUGCUUUAAAAAAUCCAUAAACGAGAAAAAGGAUGAGCCAAAAUGAAAGUGUGAAAAUGAACAUAUAUAAGAUUAAAAAUCAUUCUCCUUCACGCACUCGUUAUCUUUUCUUUUGCUUCUUUUGAGGGUUUUAUUUUCUUAGAGAUCAGGCAUGGAAGAGGCACAAGAGCAUGUUGGCAUAGCCUCGCUCUCCCUUGGAGACGAUGGUGAUGAAGGUAUAGUUUUCACUGACAUAGACAAUUGCGCAAAGGAACCUGCAGUAGUGUUCGACUCGAAGAAGAUUGCGCAAAGGAAACUGCUAGGUACCCUAGUUUAUACCCCGAAGAUAUUCUUAAUGUCUUUUUAGAUACAUUAAGAAUCAAAAGAACGUGGAUAU